AUGCGGACGGAGCGGUACGCGAAUUGUAGGGUGCAUAAGAAUUGCGGGGACGCGUACUGCGAGUUUCGGAAGCUGGCGUGGGAGUUUCGAGCGGUGCGGGAUCGAGCAGAGGCGAAAGGGUCGAAGGCGAAGGCGGUCGCGGAGGCGUGGGUGAGAGCGGCGAUGAAGGAGGACGACGCGUGGAAUGAGGCGGCGGAGAGGGAGCGGAAGAGGUUGCGGGCGGAGGCGGCAAAGGUGACGAAGGCGAUGGAGCUCGCGGCGAGAAGCGCGCCGACGGAGCGAGAAUUGAGACGCGCGCGGGCAAAAGAGUUGAAGCGUCUCGAUGGAGACGCCGAUGUGAGCGAAGAACCGUCGCGCGCGGGGACGCCACCGCCGGAGACGGAGGAGGAAAAGAAGACACGACAGGCGAUGGAGAUUUACGAGAAGCGCAUGCAGCGCGUGCGCGACUUGACCAAACGCCGCGCCAUGCUCUUGGCUCGCGCCAGUACGGUGGUGGUGCACCCGGGAACAAACAAGGUGAUCGCGUUGUCAACGCCCGAAGAGCUGUCAAUCGUGCUGAAGAUUGAGGCAAAGAAGAAGGCGCAGAUGGAACAGAGGCGGCGUCAACGCGGCUUGAAGCGUCCGAUGAAGGGUCCGAACAUUGGCGACAUGUACAGAAUGCCGCGUCUUUUCGAGGAAGUCUGGCUGUAUGAAGACAGCAACGUGGACGAACCGACUAUUUCGGAUUUGAUUCACAUGAACAUAGGAAUGUAG